AUGGGCAUCAGCCUCAUCCUCACCGCCAACACGAUCGUCGGAGUCAUUGCGUCGUACAAUAUCUACCGCGUCCAGCGCAUUGUGUGGAUUCCUGACGUCUACCCGGGUAUUCAAGCCGAAAUCAUGCUCCGGAGUCUUCUUCUCGUUGCGAUCUGCGUCACGACCGACUGGUGGCACCUCUUCGAGUACUGCAUGGUCAAGUACACGGCGCGGCAGUCAUGGGGCUACAAUGAAUUUGUCCUGGACGCCGUCGUCCGCUCCGAUCUCCAAGUGCUUUUUCUCGCUCUCUUCCAGCUGAUCGCGAGUCUUCUGGGACUCCGCCUUCACGUCGCCCUCCUCGUCGCCAUCUACUUUGGCUGCUACACGUCGUGCGAUGCGAUCAUUACCGCCUGGCCUCUGCAAGCCGAGGCCGCAUCCGCUUGGCUCUACCACAACUACCUCCUCAACACCCUUGUGGCCAACGGCGGCAUGGACAUGUGGGCCUAUCAUGAGAACUACGAGACGUCGUGGGCUGUCAUGGCCGCCCAACUCGUCUGGUUUCUUCUGGCCCUCGCGAUUGCCACCUUCUAUGUUGUGCUCGUGGCGGUGCAGACAGGGUACACGCGCCGCCGCCGCGCCAACGUUGUUUCUGACUGCAGUUGCAAAAACGGUCGGUCGUUGAUUUCUGGACCGUCGAGUCACCACCUCUCGUUCGUGCUCAUCAAGAGUAGUUUCAAGGCCGCCUUCGACGCGAACCGCGUCUUCAAGAGCAGCGCCAAAGCGACGGAAGCCACCAUAUUCGAGCGCCACGUGCGGCGGGACCAGAUGACAACGUCCGGGCUGGUCGCGCCGCUGACAGACCACGUCAUCGUUGGCGGCGUCAUCCACGCGUCGCACUCGCUAGUCUGGCUGCUCGGCUUCGUGCUCCUUGCCGACGACGUCCUUCUAUUCAUCGAGGAUGUGCCAAAGCUCUGGCUCAAUGCUCUGCUGCCUUGUGAAGGCUUUGCAAUUUACGGCUACAAGCUCAACAAGGCGAAAGACUCGAUUGCGCCGCUGCCCGAGCGCAUCUCAGCGGGUAGCUACAGUGCCAGAGACCUCGUCGCUCUCUCGCUCAAGCCGCUGCGGUGA